AGUCACGGGCGAACCGAAUUGCAGGCUCAGUGCGCGAGCAAGCGUGAUACGGAAUGAACGUGUGGUGCGUUUUGCGCGGACGUUGACACUGCGAUUUAUUUUUUUUAACUUGCGAUUUAUACAACCAGAAUUAAAGACGUUUUGGAGUAUAAAGUCGGACAAAUAAAAAGUUUUUAUUGUCCUGAGUUUACUUUUAAGUAGUUCGCGCAGAGUUUUGACCAAAUUUUGUGAAUUUCCGUAUAGACGCGAAAAACAAGUGAAGAAGACAAUUCGAAAUCAAAGAACUGUUUUGUACAUUUUCGCAUCAUUUGCGAAAUUGUGUUCAAAAAUUUACUGGCACUUACGUGGAGGGUGAAUUAAAAAAAUAACUGCCCCCGGCCAUCUAGUUCGGAUUCAAUCUGUGGUCGCCGAACGAAAAAAACAAAAGCGCAUCGAUUCACUUAUAUUACAACUUCAGAUCUACAGCAGCAUUUUAAAAUUCUUGUUCAAUUCAUCGUGAACUAUUUAUUAGCUCGCGCAAAAAAAUUACAGUGAAAUCCUAACCUAAAAAUUAUCUUAGUGGAUCAGUUCACGACAAGAGAAGCGCGAAGCAAGUAUUAAAACCUGGAUCAAAUUUAGUGCCUUCUUCGUUCUACAUAAUGUCUACUGCCAUAAUGCAUCAGUCUGCGCUGUACGACUUUGGUGAUCUGUUCUUGAAGGUGAGACCCGAUUACAUGGUCGAUGAUGGAGUAACGAACUCUAACCAAUCUCGACCAGUGCAGACGAUGACUGGGGCGCUAAACAGUGCGCUCGGCCCCGUUAGUGCGACCACGGUCACCACCAGUGUCACAUGGGACCAACACGCCGUGUUGACACGCGCAGCAUCUGUUCCCGCACAGAGAGCUCUCGCAGGGAUCCUUAACAGCCUAGGCCAUCGACGACUCGAACGUACGACCAGCGACCCGGCCCCACCUCCGCCAGCCACCAGCAGAUACAAGACCGAACUCUGCAGACCUUUUGAGGAAGCUGGCGUAUGCAAAUAUGGAGACAAGUGUCAAUUCGCUCAUGGCGUCCGUGAGCUUCGCAAUCUUCAACGCCACCCAAAGUACAAGACAGAAUUGUGCCGCACUUUUCACUCGGUCGGUUUCUGUCCAUAUGGACCACGUUGUCACUUUGUCCACAACGCAGAAGAGGCGAGACGCCGUGAGCCCUCAUCGCCCGGUGGUUCGUUAGCGUCCUUGUCAUCUGGUGGUUCUCUAGCUUCUUACAUGAGUGAUGGUUCCCGUUCGCCGCGAUCCCCACACUCCCCGUUGACCCCGCAAUCUCCGUUGACUCCACAAUCGCCCCCAGCUAUGUCACCGCCCGCGCAUGCGUCAGCCUUUGCGUUCCGUCGCACGCAAUCGCCAGACCCAGAAGAGGAAAGGCUGCCUGUGUUCAACCGCCUGUCAUCAGCGUUUGGCGAUCUCGUGAUCGCUUAGGUGCGAACUGCCUAGUCCUAAGUUAACGAAUCGAGCGUAGCGUAUAAGGAUCGUCCGUCACCUUAGUGCCUACUCGACGUCUUCCAGCCAGCGCCCGAGCCGUCCCGCUCGUCGCGCCUCGCGCCCGCACACCCGCUCAACGAAUGAUCUCCAGUCUACUGAUGUCCUUAGUACAUUUCCCUGUAAUAUUUUAAAGAUAAAAGUGUUACUGGCGUCUCGAAAGUUUGCGGUGUGAAUAUAGUGGUAUUCAUCUUUUUAAGUUAUCGGCACGCACUUGUAAAUGGCACCUUAUAAUAUUAGAUAUUUAUUGCGUAGCUCGCGGAAGUCUUCCCGAUGCGAUCCUCCGCCGAGCGGUGGUCUCUGUAAAGUUAGUUUAUAGUUACAUUAUUAUUAUUUAUUUCGUAAACUGCCUAUCCGCGCUCGGUACCGUACCGCGAGAAGGCGCUCGUGAUCUAUUUUUAAGGAUUAAGAUAAUAAUUUAUUAUUUAUUUCGAGUCUCUUUAACUAUAAUUAUUGUAUUUGUAGCUAGCAGCUGCGAUGCCGCACCGCAUACGGACGAGGUACGCGUCGACGGGACGUGGCUCGUUUCAGUUCAUGAGUCGAUCGCUUCCACUUUUGGUACCUCAAUUUAAUUGUUUUGCCUCAAAAUUAUCCGAGUGGAAAUGACCGACUACCUAGACUUUACGGGUUUAUUCUCAGAGAUAAUGCGCUAUUGUUUACCUAGUUUGUAGCACCAUCCGCGAACCUGAACAUGAUUACAAGAUUGCGACUAACGAAUGCCGCUAGCCAUAUCAAUCAUCUGUAGCUCAUUUAAGAGCUAUCGCAGCGAUCCUGCCGCGCGCCGCCUCCAGCGGCUCGUCUGCGAGGAUUUUUCUUUUUUUCGUCGAGCGAGGGCGAGCAGCGAACGCAAACCAGUUUCUCAGUUUUAGUGGUUAUUUUUUUCAUCCAUACUCGAGCCCCUCACUCGAUGCUAUCGUGUCCGAACGCAAAUAAAAAUCGGAGAAUACACCCGUCAAUGUCUCUUUGCUCUGUACCGACGUACUUGUAUUAUAAAAUGAUCGAAGACAAUAUAAUAGUGUAAGAAGCCAGUUGAUACAAAUGGCGAGCGGUUGCAGGGUGCGUGGAGGCGGCCUCUCCCCUCGCGCUUCCAAGCCGUCGCCCGCGCACCGCGCACACAAUGAGUGCCUUUUACUUUAUAUCAGAAAUAAAUCGAUUAUAAUAUUUAAUUUUUAGUUUAUCGAAAUAGAUGGAUUGUUUAUUUAUUGUCUCUUUUGAAUAUAAUAUUCAAAUUGGCACAGUUAUUAUUUUGUACUUUUUGACAGAGCUAAGUGAUUAGUUUCGACGUAGAAUAAUUUUUUUUCUUUGAAUUUAAAGUGUGAUAUUUUAUAAUAUUUAUAUAACAAAGUUUAAAGAUUUAAUUAAGGGACCAAUUAAGUGAUUAGGAGAAAUUCUGAUAUGAACAGACGACAUGUUAUUCUUACAUACAAAGGAAUUGUAUCCUCGCGCCACAUAUUGAUACUAUUUUUGUACUCUCAUAUAUUAACGUAUAAUAAAAUAGCAUUUUUCCUAUUCUUGGUUUUGUAUUAUUUAUAACUGACGAUGAUAGAACUGAGGCGGUAGUGUUGUUGUUUUGUUAACCAGUAUAUUUGAUUAUACAAUAUUUUCAGUUUUUCUCCGUGUCAUUCAAGUCGAUGCAUGCUGACCACUAAAAGAUAAUAAUUUUGUACCUAAUAUUAAGUAUUUAGUUUUAAGCGUUUUCAUGAAGUUCGCAAAUAUUAUUUAUUAUCAGUUCAUUACGAAUUAUAAACCAUUAAAGUUGAUUUAUUUAAUUUCUUUUGUAUUUAAACGGACAUUUGAAUAUAAGUAUGAUUACUUUGUAACUUAAUGUUAGUAAUAUUAUCAUGAGUCAUUUAAUAUAACAGGCAUUAGUUUAAAACUCUAGUACCUAUGUCACUUAUAAUUAAGUAUUUAAUUUUUUAAUUUAAUUUUCAUUAUAAGUUAAUCUUCCAAAAAAUGACUAUUAUCUCUUACGGACAAAACAAAUUAAGGCUAAAGCUUGUUUAUGACAUUUUCUUGUAAGUUUCCCUUAUUUUCCAUCUGCAUUUUUAUUGAAUUAUAGUCAAAAUAUGUUAAAUUUUUU